AGCGAGCCGUUGCGCGGUGACGUCAUCGCGUCACGGUCGCCAACGUCGCGCCCCGUUUCUUCCCUCGUAGUAAAAGAGUGGAGUUCUGAGGGACGGCGGGAGCAAGGGCGGAAAAAGGAAGUGUCACACAAGGUGGUGGGCGACCUGGUCUCUCGCCUCCAGAGGAAUCCGCCGGACUCUUGCCAAAGGUGACCAAGUAGGCGUGAAGCUUGAGCAGACACAUCACCGACACCAUGAAUUGGAAUAAAGGUGGCCCUGGUACCAAGAGAGGCUUUGGGUUUGGUGGAUUCUCGAUAUCAACUGGAAAGAAGGAAGAGCCCAAACUUCCUCAGCAGUCUCACAGUGCUUUUGGAGCCACAGGUUCUUCAGCUGGCUUUGGGAAGACCCCACCACCUCAGCUGCCUUCUUUUUACAAGAUUGGAUCAAAGCGAGCAAACUUUGAUGAAGAAAAUGCCUACUUUGAGGAUGAGGAGGAAGAAUCCAAUAACGUUGAUUUACCAUACAUCCCUGCUGAGAAUUCUCCUACUCGUCAGCAGUUCCAUGCCAAGGCACCUGACUCAGAUAGUGAGGAUGACCCAUUGGAGGCAUUCAUGGCAGAAGUGGAGGAUCAAGCUGCUAGAGAUAUGAAGAGGCUGGAAGAUAAAGAUAAGGAAAGAAAGAACACAAAGGGUAUACGCGAUGAUAUUGAAGAGGAAGAUGAUCAAGAAGCUUAUUUCCGCUACAUGGCAGAAAACCCCAAUGCUGGUGUGGUUCCAGAAGAGGAGGAGGAUAACUUGGAAUAUGACAGUGAUGGCAACCCAAUAGCACCAUCCAAAAAAAUAAUUGACCCUCUUCCUCCUAUUGAUCAUUCAGAGAUUGAAUAUCCACCGUUUGAGAAGAAUUUCCACGAAGAACACGAAGAGAUCACCAGUCUCACUCCACAGCAAGUGGUGGAACUGCGCCACAAGCUCAAUCUCAGGGUCUCUGGAGCUGCUCCUCCAAGGCCAGGCAGCAGCUUUGCUCAUUUUGGUUUUGAUGAACAACUGAUGCACCAGAUUAGAAAAUCAGAAUAUACUCAGCCCACCCCUAUCCAAUGCCAGGGCAUCCCAGUGGCAUUGAGUGGCAGAGACAUGAUUGGUAUUGCAAAGACUGGAAGUGGGAAGACUGCUGCUUUCAUUUGGCCAAUGUUGAUUCAUAUCAUGGAUCAGAAGGAACUGGAACCAGGAGAUGGUCCCAUUGCAGUGAUUGUUUGUCCAACCAGAGAGCUGUGCCAGCAGAUCCAUGCAGAAUGCAAACGUUUUGGGAAGGCCUACAACCUACGUUCGGUAGCUGUGUAUGGUGGAGGAAGCAUGUGGGAACAGGCCAAGGCUUUGCAAGAAGGGGCAGAAAUUGUUGUCUGUACUCCAGGCCGGUUGAUUGAUCACGUGAAAAAGAAAGCAACAAACCUUCAGAGAGUCACCUACCUUGUGUUUGAUGAAGCUGACCGAAUGUUUGACAUGGGAUUUGAAUACCAAGUCCGAUCAGUAGCCAGCCACGUGCGCCCUGAAAGGCAGACUCUACUAUUCAGUGCAACCUUUCGGAAGAAGAUUGAGAAACUGGCAAGAGACAUUCUGAUUGACCCAAUUCGAGUGGUUCAAGGAGAUAUUGGAGAGGCCAAUGAAGAUAUCACUCAAAUUGUGGAGAUCUUUGCUUCUGGUCCCAACAAGUGGAACUGGCUAACGAGCCGCCUAGUGGAAUUCACCUCUUCAGGGAGCGUCCUGCUCUUUGUCACCAAGAAGGCAAAUGCAGAGGAACUGGCCAAUAACCUUAAACAAGAAGGGCCCAGCCUGGGUCUGCUGCACGGUGACAUGGACCAGAGUGAAAGAAACAAGGUCAUCUCAGAUUUCAAGAAGGGGGCCUUCCCAGUUCUAGUUGCCACCGACGUGGCAGCUCGUGGUUUGGAUAUUCCUUCUAUCAAGACUGUGAUCAAUUAUGACGUGGCUCGUGACAUCGAUACCCACACCCACCGCAUUGGUCGUACUGGCAGAGCUGGGGAGAAGGGUGUGGCCUACACUUUACUGACUCACAAGGACAGCAAUUUUGCUGGAGACCUUGUUCGGAAUUUGGAAGGGGCCAAUCAGCAUGUUUCCAAAGAACUCUUGGAUUUGGCCAUGCAGAACGCUUGGUUCCGGAAAUCACGUUUCAAGGGAGGGAAGGGCAAGAAGCUAAACAUUGGUGGUGGUGGCCUGGGAUACCGUGAGCGACCUGGCCUUGGAUCGGAAAGUGUGGAUCGUGGAAGCAAUAAUGUCAUGGUCAAUUAUGAGGCAUAUAAACCAUCCUCGGGAGCAAUGGGAGACAGGCUGUCUGCCAUGAAGGCCGCAUUUCAGUCUCAGUAUAAGAGUCAUUUUGUUGCUGCCAGCUUUAGCAACCAAAAGACAGGCAGCUCAUCUGCAGGGGCCAGUGGGUGGACCAGUGCUGGCAGCUUAAACUCAGUGCCAACCAAUUCAGCACAACAGAAUUCGGCAAAAUCUGACAGUCCCAUGAGCCCAACAGGAAUGGCAAAGGGUAUACCUGGCUUCACCAGCAGUGGAAACUUAAGCAGCGUCCCCAACUUCCCAAGUGCCGGAGUUCAAGGGUUUAACAGUGUGAAUGUCAACAACAGUGGCAAAGAAGGCAACAGUGGAGGUAGGGAGAGGUACAACGAGAAUCGCGGCGGCGGUCGCCAUAGUGAUGGGCAACGCCAUGGGGAAGGUGGUGGCCGCCAUGGCGAGAGCCAACGCCACGGGGAAGGUUAUCGCCAUGGAGAAAACCGCCAUGGAGACGGCCACCGUCACGGUGAAAGCAGGCAUUCUAGUGGUGGGAACAGUGCCAGUAGUCGCCAUGGGGAAAACCGGAACAACGGGGACAGCCGGAACAGUGGCGAAAGCAGGAACAGCGAGAAUCGGAAUAGCGAGAGCAAGAAAGAGGGUAACAACAGGGACAACAGCAAGACCGAUGGUUUUGCAGUUCCCGAACCUCCAAAGCGCAAGAAGAGUCGAUGGGACAGCUAAGAGCCCAGGCUCCCAACUGAACGGCAAGGUGCCUGCCCCUCUCGAUCUCUGCGAGGAAUCUCUCUACCAACAAAUACUGUUGAGAAGAACAACGACAAACAGCAGCAAUCCCCAACCAAGCCUUGGCUGGUGCAUUUGCAAACAACUAUACUUCAUUGGCACGUCAGUGUUGUGCUGUGGUCAACAGGAAAGCAUUCCCUUUUAUGGAAUUUUGCUCUGCUCCGCCUUUUAAAUAUCCGUCCACCUCAAGGGGGUUCCAGCAGACUGGUCCGCUUUAGCAAGACCCCAAAUGUUUUUGUGCGUGUUUCCUUUUAAACUGAGUAUGUCCAGAUAGGGUUUCAGCAAUUUGUUUUAUUCAUUUCAGUGUGGACUUGAGUUAACACUUCCCCCCUUUACCAAUAGAUGACCAGUUGCCCCUUUUUCAUCCCCAAGGCCUCAAGUGUUUCUGCACCAUUUUCUACUGAUCACAGUGGCACUCAAUGUACAUGCUUGAUUCCCAUUUGUAUUAUUUGGCAUGUACACUGCAGUUGUAGCAUGAACAGUAUCAUAGGAGAAGAUGUUAGGACGGAUGGCUCUGGUGUUCAUUGCAAGCAAAUGAUACAGGAGAGAAAAAUGGCAGUCCUUAGCACAGCGGGGGGUCAGGAAGCGUCAGGUGAACUAGCCCAUCUACACAGAACUUUGGGCCCUGCAUGGAAAAAGUGUUUCAAAACUGUCCUAGUUGCUGGUUUACCCCUUCUAGUUGAUAUUUCAGGAGAAAUCCCUAUUUUUGUGUUGUCAGCAGGCAAGGCAGAGAAGAGAGGCAAAAUGUUCAAUCAUUUACUUCAUUCUUCCUUCUGCCUUGAUAUGGCGUGCAGAGAGAGAGGAUAUUUUGGGGUGUUGGAGGCAACAAGCAUACAACUUGCAGUCAAUACUGCUUACAUUUCCUUCCAUUGUUACCCCACCGACAAGGGAUUUGGCUGGAGCUAAGGGGUUCCUAUUACUCAUGAAUAGCAUGGUAUGCACAGUUUCAAGGUUAAGAUGGCAGACUUCUCCACAGCAAUCUGCUUUUUUACACCAUGCCAUCUUGAGUAGUUCCUUGUCGCGGGAAAAUGUUCAGCGAAACUUAGCGAAAUUGCAUUUUUUUUAAAAUGGAAGUUCUUGUGGCUCCAAGGUGAUCCAAUUUCAAUUUAAGUUCAACAUAUGUGUUCAUAGAGCUACUUUAAAUAUGCAGGGAACAGAAAAAGGUAGUGGAGUCAUGGGGUUCUUGAGGCAGCAAGAACAAUAUAAAUCGAUUCUCUCAACAGCAUUAGUAGGACUCUUGUGUAGUUGUGAAUGUUCUAGAAGUUAACCCCACAGUCCCAGAGUAAAACUCGCUGAGGGUAGAGACUUUUGUAUAUAGUAUCAGGUUAUUGUGAUUUUGGGGGCCGACCCAGGAAGGUUUUAAACUGGUUAGGUGUGGGACUGGCUGCUGAAGAGGUGUGUACAUACAAUGAUGCUAAAAGCGUGGAAAAGCAAGCUGCUCUUUCCAUACUGGUUGCAAACUUCUGGAAAGAAAAAGCUAAUGUAAAAAUGUUUUGAUUUUGUUUUUCUCAAAUGUGUGUUCUUGGGCUUUUUAAUCUGAUUCGGAUUUUUUCUCUUUUUGCCAGAGUGGUAGAAAAAAUCUUGUUUGCCUAAAAUAGCUCUGUUUUCGCUUUCAUUUUUAUGAUGAAAUACUUAAAAGUUGUGUCAAGAUUCCGAGACAUGCCAUUUACUUUACUUUCCACUUUCUCUUCUAGUAAAUGUUUUAUUAUUAGGACAA